CCCAUAAAUUGGAGAGUGCUUGCCUUCAUUGUUGCAUACACUUUAUGAUUUCAAUUUCUUGCUUUUGGUCUUUGUCUUCAUUCUUGAUUCUGUCAUUUUGUUCACUUACCAAGAUUGCUAGUUAUGGCAGAAAUCUCAGAAAAUGGUAAUAAUCAUGGAGUUAUUUUGGAUGUCAAAGAUGAGAAUCUCCCACCAUCUUCUAAACAUUCAAUCUUGAGCUUCUCUGUACCUUUCAUGCAAAAGUUGAUAGCUGAGGCAGUGGGUACAUACUUUUUGAUAUUUGCGGGAUGUUCAUGCAUUGUUGUAAAUAUGAACUUUGACAAAGUGGUGACACUUCCUGGGAUUGCAUUAGUUUGGGGCUCAGCUGUGAUGGUUUUGAUUUAUUGUGUUGGUCAUAUUUCUGGUGCCCAUUUCAACCCUGCUGUCACCCUUGCUUUUGCUACCAGUAAAAGAUUUCCCUGGAAGCAGGUGCCAGCUUAUAUAGUAUGCCAAGUUGCUGCUUCGACAUUAGCUGCCGGAACAAUUCGGUUAAUUUUUACGGGCAAGCAGGAUCACUUUACGGGAACGUUGCCGGCAGGAUCGGAUAUGCAAUCCUUUGUGGUUGAGUUCAUAAUCACAUUCUAUCUCAUGUUUGUGAUGUCCGGUGUCGCCACUGAUAAUCGAGCUAUUGGUGAACUUGCCGGACUUGCAAUUGGCGCAACCAUUCUCCUGAAUGUGAUAUUUGCAGGGCCGAUUUCAGGUGCAUCAAUGAACCCAGCAAGAAGCCUGGGACCAGCAAUUGUAUCACAUAAGUACGAAGGGUUGUGGAUAUAUAUAGUGUCUCCAAUUAUGGGUGCACAAGCUGGUGCAUGGGUUUAUAACAUCAUUCGAUACACUGAUAAACCUUUGAGAGAGAUCACAAAGUCUACUUCUUUCCUCAGGAACGCAGGACGUGUGCUUGACAUUUCACACUAAUAAUAGUUAAACUUUUAUAUUUUAAAAAAUAAUAAUUAAACUUUUAUUUUUC